UAUGGUCUAUGGAUAAAUUAGAGACAUAACCUAUAAUUCAUUAGUUAAUUUUUCGAGUGAAAAUAUUAUUUUUUUAAUCAAUAAUCAAUUUAUAAACUAUGAAUAUUUUACCUAAAACCAAAGAAGAGUUCAGUCGAACAGACUAUUGGGACUCAUUCUUCAGAAGCAGAGGUUCAAAAUCAUUCGAAUGGUAUGGUGAAUAUCACGACUUGUCUAGUUAUUUAAAUAAAUAUAUAAAACUGAAUGAUAAAGUCCUAAUCACUGGUUGUGGUAAUUCUGAUCUGGGUGCUAAUCUUUAUGAUGCAGGAUUUAGCAACAUUACCAACAUUGACACAUCACAAGUGGUUAUAAAACAAAUGAUUAAGAAAUAUAAGGAGAAAACUUCUAUGUCUUACCUUCAGAUGGAUGCAUUAAAUACUUCAUUUGAAAAUGAAGGUUUCAAUGUGGUUCUUGAUAAAGGAACUUUGGAUGCUUUGAUGCCUAACAACAACGAGGAAACAAUAAAUCGUAUUAAGCAAUAUUUCAUGGAGAUUAAUAGGAUUACAAAGUUUGGAGGCCGAUAUAUUUGUAUAUCAUUAUUACAAGAACAUAUACUCAAAAUACUAUUAGAUUAUUUUGUUACCAACAAUUGGAUGUUCAGAGCAAUAAGAUGUUUGGAAGUUGAACAAGCAGCAGUUGACAAUGGCGAAAAAUUGACACCUGUAUUCAUUGUAGUCUGUACAAAAUUCAAAUUAUUGCCAAGGCAGGUUCUUGAAGUCAACAUGAAUUCUAAUGAGAAGAUGCAGAGGUUUGAGAGUACUGACAAAGUACAGGAAGCUAUAUUGAAUACUCAAAGAGCUCUAUUGAUCUGUUCAAGUUUGCAACAAAAAUCUACUGCGUCAGAAAAUGAGGAAAUAAGUUUCGAUUUAUAUGAAGGAGAUAGUUCCAAAUCCAAGUACACAAUAUAUGUAGUUGAUAUAACACCUGUUAAGAAACAUUCUGCAUAUGCUGCUUUUAUUGUUCCUCAAGGAAGAGAAUCGGAAUGGCUAUUUUCAACAAAAGAUGGUAGAAAAAAACUAGCCCAAAUGUCUCAGUGUAACAGACUACUAGUUGUAACAAUGCAUAGGGGUCAAAAAUAUGGUAGCUUUGAUGCAAUACAAAAUGAAUUAAGUGAUAUAAUUCGUGAUUUGACUCCAAUUAAUUCACGAAAACAAAAGAUACCUUGUUUGUCUCUAGGGUCAGAUGGUGUUGGAAAUCGCAAAGUUAUACAUGAAGGAUUAUCAGCAACAUCUGGUGAAUAUAUAGUUGAAGAUGUGGAAGUGGAUAAUAAAAAAUUCCGUAGACUUUACUUCUUAUCAAAUCAACUUGUGAUACAAUCAGAAGCUAAGCUGACAUCUUUCAGGAAUAGGAAAGGUAUUUCGAAGGAUAUUCCAGAUUUGACUUAUCUUACAUGUACGCAUCAUCUUUACAUGAUAAUCAGUGCAUUAGUGGCGUUUGACAAUAAAAAAGAUCCAUCAAUGGCAAUCCUGGGAGUUGGUGGAGGUGGAUUGUGUUCUUUCAUGAAUAAAUUUAAAACUAAAGUUAAAAUAACAGGUAUAGAAAUCGAUCCUGAUAUCAUCGAAAUUGCUACUAAAUGGUUUGGACUCCAAAAAAACGAAACACUUGAAAUAAGAGUUCAAGACGGACUUCAAUAUUUAAGGGAGAUUAGGAAUGAAGGAAAACACAUGGAUGCCGUUUUAUUCGAUGUAGAUAAUAAAGAUUCCUCUAUAGGAAUGAGUUGUCCGCCAAAAGAGUUUUUAGAAGAUGAGGUUUUGAAUGAUGUUAAAGAAAUUAUAACAGAAAAAGGCCUCUUCAUAUUAAAUGUAGUUAUUCGAGAUGAUUCAUUAAGAUUGCCUCUGGUAGAUAAAUUGAAGGGAUCAUUCAAAAACAUUUCAGCAUUCAAAAAUGAGGAAGAACUGAACGAAAUAUUCAUUUGUUGGAAUGGAUCUUUUGCAAAUUUCGAAGAAAAAUUGAGUCCAGCUGUGAAACAACUUAAUGCUCAUUUUAAACAGACUAAUAACUCUGAAUAUAUGGUUGAUCUUAAUCAUGAUAUUAUUGAAAAAUAUAAAAUUAUAAUGUGAAAAAACUUGUAUAUUGUCUACC